CUGUUUCCCUGGAGACGUUCUCCGCGUCCGCUCUCUAGGCGCCGGCGGCUCCAGGCCUCGGAAACACCAGAGGAGGGGGCUUGGGGGCGCCCAGCACCUGUCGCCUGUGGGGGACUCACUGCAGCGGAACGGAAAACUGGAGUUGUUCCCUGGGGCCAGUCCACUCAGGCUGAAGUUUGCAAGCCUGGAGAGACCUCCAGCAAUAAUCUGCAAAUUCCAAAAUGACCACCCUGCCCCCACUGCCCAUGACACGCCCAAAACUUGCAGCCUUAGCCAGAAAGAAGCUGCCAUGCUCACCUGGAAAAAUUCCAAGGUCUCAAUUGAUCAAAGAAAAAAAUGACAUAGAUCAUUAUCUGGAGGUGAAUUUCAAAGGAUUGUCAAAAGAGGAGGUUGCUGCUUACAGGAACUCGUACAAGAAGAACAUCUGUGUGGACAUGCUGCGAGACGGUUAUCACAAGUCCUUCACUGAGCUCUUCGCUCUGAUGGAACAGUGGGAUCAGCUGCGGGAGGCUGCAAGAAUCAGGUCCCUCAGCUGGUUGCAGAAGCCCCUGGAGGAGCAGCCUGAUAAACUGGAUUACUUCUACCACUACCUGACCAGGGCCGAGGCCGCUGAGAGGGAAGGAUCCUUUGAAGAGGUCUAUAAAAACUUGUACUCUUUGGCCUGUUGCUUUGAUAAUUCUGAAGACAAGUGGGUAAGGAACCACUUCUAUGAACGAUGCUUUAAGAUCGCUCAAUUCAUCAAAAUUGACGGUGGGAAGAGAGAAGCUGAGGCGCAUUCGCACAUGGGUCUUCUCUACGAGGAAGAUGGUCAGCUUCUGGAAGCUGCAGAGCAUUAUGAAGCAUUCCAUCAAUUGACGCAGGGGCGGUUAUGGACGGAUGAGACAGGCUGCUUUCUCAACUUGUUGGCCUGUGAGAGUCUCCUGAGGACUUACAGAUUACUCUCAGACAAAAUGCUGGAAAAUAAAGAAUACAAACAGGCCAUCAAAAUUCUAAUAAAAGCUUCUGAAAUAGCCAAAGAAGGAAAUGACAGAAAGAUGGAAGGAGAAGCUUGUUACUACCUGGGCUUAGCAUACAUGUCUGCUGGAGAAUAUGAGACAGCCCUGACAGUCCUUGACACUUACAGUCAAAUCUCCACAGACCUAAAUGAUGAUCUCAGCCUAGGGAGAGCCUAUGAAGCAAUAGCCAAGGUCCUGCAGAGCCAAGGAAAGACCACGGAAGCAAUUAACUACUUGGAAAAAGUUGUGAAACUUGCAAGAAACAAUUUCCAAAGCCUGGAUAUUGUGAGAGCAAGUACGAUGCUGGGGGACAUCUACAAUGAAAAAGGGCUCUACAACAAAGCUUCGGAAUACUUUAAGCAAGCUUUUGACACAACAGUAGCGUUAAUGAACAUGCCUCUGAUGGAUGAAACAAAAGUUCAUUACGGAAUAGCAAAAGCCCAUCAGAUGAUGUUGGCAAUGAACAAUUGUAUAGAAUCUGAAAAUAUUACCAACCUUGACUAUCUGCUGUCAUGGAAGGAGAACAGAAGUGACAUUGAACCUCAGCCUGCUAUGGAGUUUAGAGAAUUCAAUGACUUCUGCAACUGA